AUGCCACAAAGCUGGCUUUGGUGCGAGACAAUUAUCGGUGUAUAGUGUCGGGGAAGGUGGACACGGUCAGCUUGAAAAAUAGCUUGACAACGGUCGAUGUAACAGCCGGGGGGAGGAUAACACAUACACAGCUGGGUCACAUAUUAAGUGAAUCGAUGACGGACCGUAUAGACGGGACGACUGAUGCCGCGCAGAGAAAAUUGGAAUGGGCGUCUUCUGCCGCUGCCGUUGUUUGCUGAAAUUCAGUUGUCGAAGAGCCUAAUCAAGAUAACGUUCACAGACCGGCGAAUAUGUUCACGAUAUCAGCUGGGUAUCACGUUUCGUUUGACGCGCUCCGCAUCUCUCUUCAUCCAAUUGGGGACUAAUACAUAUGAAAUUCAUAUCUAUCCUCCAAAUAAAGAUGCUGAGUAUGGACUUCCGGCCCGAGUAACACUCACUGAUGCGACGGGCGGGCAAGUUCCUCUUCCUAGCCGUCGUUAUUUCCAAAUCCAUGAUGCCAAGAUUGCCUAUCUCUCAGGAGUGGGGAAGAUCAUGGAACAGAUAUUCCAAGAUGUAAAAGACGCAAGGAUCUUAGCAGAGGACAGAGGAUCCCAUCUUUUGUCUUUGGCACUUUUAUCAAGCCUACAGACAUAGAGUGUACACUGAUUGAAACAUGAUUCUAGAGGAACAUUUGAAACUGCUUUGUUUCGAUUCCAUGUAAAGUCCAUUUUCGACGAUAUUCUAACGAAUGAUGGAAGGUACAUAGCCUUGCAAGUGAAUUGUGACGAUUAUUGAGGUCGGAUUAAUAUCAGAUUAGUAUCUUAGUUAUCA